UAUUAUAUUUAAUAUCUUCUACUUUCACAUUUACCAAAUUCAUUUCGCGGACCUAACUGGACUCCUUCAGGUGACAGAUUUGUGUACCCAUACCGCAUGUUUAACACCCCUGAUUUAAAGUGUCUGUCCCUCCGUCUCUUCCGACAGGAAUGGAAUGGAGAUUGAGAAGGACUUCUUCAUCCGGGUGGACAGAGUGACCGACAGCUCAUCACACGAUCACAAACGUUCGGUUUUUGUGGGGAACCUUUCGUUCGAGAUAAACGAGCUGGCAAUACGAAGGCAUUUUGAGGAGUGUGGAAUGGUGGAAGCAGUGCGGCUGAUCCGGGACCAGAACUCUGGACUGGGAAAAGGAUUCGGCUACGUCCUGUUUGAGGUAGGACACGUCAAACACUGGAUUUACAGUUGACCUUGGCAGCUGGAA